AGUUCCGCCCCCAACCCUACCACAGACCUGCGCCAGGACAACCCCGCCUCCGCGGCUCUCCCUGGCCAGGGCCCAACCUUGUUCUAUUAAUAACUAAGCAAACUGGAACACCUCGGCCCGAGGUUGGGGUGCGCAGCUGCUGCCCCCGCCCGCCCGCUGCACCUGCAGCCUGAACCCGGGGCCCCCGGACACGCCGCAUUUUGGGUUGGGACCAGCUGGAGCCGGAAGCGGAGAUGCAGCGCUGCUAGCCGGAGACCGGAAGCGGAAUUGCAGGUGUGUGUUGUGAGAAGAGCAGCGUUUGCAGCGACUGGGAGAGAGUCUUUCGGUCGCCGCGAGAGGUGCUGGGUUCGACAAGAAAAGUAUCAUUCUAGCUCAGAUUUGUGUUGAAACCAAUCUCAAGAUUCACCUAUCCUCACUGAUCCGUGGAUUUCCAUAUGAUCAGAGUGCUUUCCUGAGAGCGCUGCGGAAUAAGGGAGGAGCGUCCUGCUUCCCGGCUGCCCUGUUGCUGUCGGAGUCACAGGAUGGCGGCCGUCGUCCUGCCCCCGACUGCUGCUCUGUCUUCCCUGUUCCCAGCCUCUCAGCGAGAAGGACACACAGAGGGCGGAGGGCUGGUUAAUGAGCUCCUGACACACUGGCUAAAGGGCUUGGUGACCUUCGAGGAUGUGGCCGUGGAGUUCACCCAGGAGGAGUGGGCGCUGCUGGACCCUGCCCAAAGGACACUGUACAGGGACGUGAUGCUGGAGAACUUCAGGAACCUGGCCUCCCUGGGGAACCAAGUUGAUAAACCUGGUCUGAUCUCCCAGUUGGAGCAAGAAGAUAAAGUGAUGACAGAAGAGAGAGGAAUUUUCCCAGGUGCAUGUCCAGAUGUGGAGAAUCCGCUUAAAGCCAAAGGGUUAACUCCUGAGCUGCAUAUUUUUCAAAAAGAACAAUCUAGAAAUAUGGAAAUGGAGAGGAAUCAUUUCGGAGCAGAACUCCACGAAUGUAAUGAGUGUUUUAAAGUCUUCAGCACAAAAUCUUCCCUUAUGCGGCACAAGAAGAUUCACACUGGAGAAAAACGCUACGACUGCAAUGAAUGUGGGAAAUCCUACAGCAGCAAAUCUUACCUUACCGUUCAUAAGAGAAUCCACAAUGGGGAGAAACCCUACAAAUGCAGUGACUGUGGGAAAACCUUCAGCAAUUCCUCAUACCUCAGACCGCACUUGAGAAUUCACACCGGAGAAAAACCCUACAAAUGUAACCAGUGUUGUCGUGAGUUCCGCACUCAGUCAAUCUUCACAAGGCACAAGAGAGUUCAUAUGGGCGAGAGUCAUUAUGUAUGUAAUCAGUGUGGAAAGGCUUUCAGCACAGGGUCAUCUCUUUCUUUGCACUAUAGCAUUCAUACAGGGGAGAACCCUUACGAAUGCCACAAUUGUGGGAAAACCUUCAGGAGGAGCUCGAAUCUGACACAGCACGUAAGAACUCAUACUGGAGAAAAGCCCUACAAAUGUAAUGAGUGUGGGAAAUCCUUCACCAAUAGCUUUUCUCUUACAGUUCACAGGAGAAUACAUAAUGGAGAGAAAUCCUAUGAGUGCAGUGACUGUGGAAGAGCCUUUAAUGUUCUCUCAUCUGUUAGGAAACACAUGAGAACUCACACUGGAAAAAAACCCUAUGAAUGUAAUUAUUGUGGGAAAUCCUUCACAAGUAACUCGUACCUUUCUGUGCAUAUGAGAAGGCAUAUUAGGCAGAUGUGAAUUCAGUAACUGUGGGAAAAGCAUUCAUUGAUCUUUCAUGCCUCAGAUAACAUGAAAGAACU